CAUGGGAAACUGUUUGAUCAUCAGAAACAACCAGAUAUCAGCCCAAGAUGAUGACGACCUACACGACGAGCAACCCCGUGAAUCAUUAGAAGUUGAGCAAAAGACGAUCGCAUCUGGUUCCUCAUUCGAUCAGCCUGAUCCUGCUGCAAUGCCGCCUGAAGAAAGCAGCAUGAAGAAGAAGAAGAAGAAGAAGAUAGGGAAGAAGGUGAGGUUUGAGUUGCAGAAAGAUGAAGAAACAAGAAAAGAUCAGAUUUGCAGAAGAAGUGGAUCUGUGAGGAUAAAACUGGUGGUGACUCAGGAAGAGUUAAAGAGGAUAUUAAGGCAUGAGAAGGAGUCUCAGCACACAACGCUGGAGCAAUUACUAAGUUCUGUGAAACUGAGCGGAAGAGGCAGAACUUGUCAAGUUAUUGCAGAAGAUGAUGGCGGAGCCAUAAAUGCUUGGAGGCCAACUCUAGAAAGCAUACCGGAGGAUCAGUUGUGAAUAUGAAGUAUGUAGUGUGAUAUAACUAGUCACCAAAAAAUCUGACUCUCUUGUAAACAAUGACCAUCUUCCUUUUUG